UGUUCUGUGGGUAUUCCCAUAUGACGUGAACGCAGCACAAAACGACAGCAGGCAGAGGUGAAAAGUCUGGAUCAUGUUUUCAUUCCAGCGUAGGCAUACUUGAACGACAAAGGACAUUGUAAAUAAAGAUCAACAGGGCGGUUAGCAGAGCACGUCGAGGUUCUGUACACAAAGAGAAGACAUUGAUGUUGUUGUUAGCCAACCAGCUAGCACAAGCUGAAAGCUGAAAUUUGUUAGCUAGCUGACGGAGGACCCUGUUAGCUAACCGCCACCAUCAUCGCUCCUAGCCAGCUGUGCAUCGCCCUGUCUUCCUACGAUGGGAAACGCAGCAACUGCCAAGAAAGGCAAUGAGCAAGAAAGCGUCGCACAUCCAAGACAUUUGUCUCGAAAUGGCCCAGGGAAAGGACCAAUCCUUCGCCAGCCGCCUUUUCCAUAGAUGUCGUAAGAGUAGCCAAGAGCAGAAAGGACAAGAGAGUGAGGUGCCUCUUAUCUCUGAGUUCACCAUCAUGUGGGAUAAAUUCAUGAAAGAGUUCUUAGCUAAAAACCAAAGAGAUUUUUUGUGGAAAUGGAUUAAUCCACCACAGAGCACAACUGGCCUGGAUGACUUUGAUAGGUUCAAGACUCUGGGGACUGGCUCAUUCGGUCGAGUUAUGCUUGUCAAACAUAAAGAAACGAAUCAGUUCUACGCCAUGAAGAUCUUGGACAAACAAAAAGUGGUGAAGUUGAAGCAGAUAGAACACACACUAAAUGAGAAAAGAAUACUACAGGCGGUCUCUUUCCCCUUCCUCGUCAGAUUGGAGUACGCUUUCAAGGACAACUCAAACCUCUACAUGGUGAUGGAGUAUGUGCCCGGUGGAGAGAUGUUCUCACACCUCAGACGUAUCGGAAGGUUCAGUGAAAAUCAUGCAAGAUUUUAUGCAGCUCAGAUAGUACUCACCUUUGAGUACCUUCACUCUUUAGACCUCAUCUACAGAGACCUGAAGCCUGAAAACCUGCUCAUAGAUCAACAUGGGUAUAUCCAGGUCACAGACUUUGGCUUUGCCAAAAGAGUAAAAGGCAGGACCUGGACAUUGUGUGGAACUCCUGAGUACCUGGCUCCAGAGAUCAUCCUCAGCAAGGGCUACAACAAAGCUGUGGAUUGGUGGGCACUUGGAGUUCUCGUCUAUGAAAUGGCUGCUGGUUACCCUCCCUUUUUUGCUGAUCAGCCUAUCCAGAUCUACGAAAAGAUUGUGUCUGGCAAGGUACGAUUUCCCUCUCACUUUAGCUCUGACCUGAAGGAUCUGCUGAGAAACCUGCUCCAGGUAGACCUGACAAAGAGAUUUGGUAACCUGAAGAAUGGUGUGAAUGACAUAAAAAACCACAAGUGGUUCUCCACAACAGACUGGAUUGCCAUCUACGAGAGAAAGGUCGAAGCCCCCUUCUUGCCAAAGUGCAGAGGCCCAGGAGACACGAGUAACUUUGACGACUACGAAGAGGAGGACAUUCACGUCUCACAAACGGAAAAGUGUGCAAAAGAGUUUGCUGAUUUCUAGUGAGUGGGCCAGAGUCCCAUCAGGGCUCACAUGUUUUGGUAUAUUUGCACUCUCCUGAGGGUUGAGGUGGAACUGAGGCCGUCACGUGUUCAAAACAAACGCCUCGUUCCUUCAUUCCACACAGCUGAAUGAGGUCCUUCUUGCCAUGAUCCUACGUGCAGUUAGCACUAACUUAUACACAGGCACAUUAUGCAGACACUCCUCGUGCUGCAACACAAAAAUACUAGACCACGUUCUCAUCUUGUUUUUUAUGUUUGCCACUUUUGAAUAGCCUCCCUCCUCCUCAUUUCAAUUCAAAUAACUAUUUGAAAAGCAACACGACAACUGAUAUUAUGCCCAUUUUUGAAUGGCACAAAGAGUGAUUGAUUGUAUUAGCUGGCAUUGCACAUAUUGUGAUUUAAGCUUUGGGAAAAUAGAAGGGAUUUUUUUAGUUAGAUUUUCUAACAUGACAUAAGUUCUGCCAGUUAUCUGUCAUCUGUCCCAUACCUGAGUGUGUUUUAGGGUUCAGUUUAUUAUUCGUAAAUCAUGAAGACUUUACCAUUAACCAUUAUUCAUCAAUCUUGUGUCCUUAAGACCUAGAACCGUGUUUUUGUGCAUAUAGGAAAUAUACGUAUAUGGGACAUUAGAUUUUCAUUACAUUAGCUUGUUUCACUUUUUGUGAAAGCAUGACCAAAAUUCGAAAACAAAGAAACUGGUGUUAAGUGGAGGGAAAGCAACACUGAUGACUUCUUGAAGUUUCUGAGUUUUAGGCAUUCAGCUUUUGAAGAUAUGGAUUAACAGUGACAAGUGUUAUUAUGGAGCAGAAACUUGUCAAUCAGUGCUGUAUUAAUUUAAUUGUAGCAUUGUUUUAUCCAUAUCUGGUCACACCUCAGACUAGGUGUGGUAUUAAAUGAAAGGAAUGAAAUUAUAUAUUUUUCAGGUACAACUAUGUUUCAAAAGGAAGGAAAACUGAAGGGGUUUGAGUACAUCACUCCACAAAACAGGUCAUCUGUCUUUGGUAGGGCCAGGAAUGUAUGAAGUGCAUUCACAUGGCAUUUUUCAAUCGCUGUAAGGUCAGUCUGUUAGAUAUUCUUGAGAGUAUGUUUUUGUGAAUGCAAAGCAGUGUUGGUCAUAUAGACAUAUUUUGUCCAUUCGUGGUUGCUUUUCGAUUUUGUUUUUAAAUUGUGCUUUAGCAGAGCACUCGGAAGCAUUGUGUAACUGCCAUGUUUUAUUUUCAUUUUUACUUUUGCAUGUUUGUUACGUUUGUACAGCAGUGUCACAUCAAGCUAAUAGUGCCCUUAAGUGUUAUCAUAUUUUUUGUUGUGUUUUGUUACCUUUAAAUUGUUUCAUAGCCUGGUACAUUGAUGCAUUAGAUAGGCAAUUUUUAUCUGAGUGACAUAUUCCUCUGCGUAAUCCGACUAAAGCAAAACUAAACCAUUGAAAUAAUAACAGAUAAUUGAAAUAUCAUACCCUUAAAGUAUUCAUUCAUCUUGGUCACCACUUGGUUGAAACAUAUACUUACCUCAACUAUAGCUUGUAGUCUCUUUGAAUCAUUUUUAAACCAAUUUGUACACUGUGAUGGAGCAGUAUUUGCUCAUUCUUCCUUGCAACAUUGCUCAGGCUGAGUCAGGUAAGUUAGAGAAUGGAAAAAAUGCGUCUUGUUACAAAUUUUCAAAGGGAAUAAGGUCAAGAGUCUGACUUUUGAAAAACAUUUUCCUUUUGUCAUUGUAAAUCACUCCUGUUAAGUUAUUGUCUACACAUAUUUAAUACAUAUUUUCUCCCCUCAAGAAAAAUAUAGGUUUUAUGAGGGAUUUUCUAUACUGAGCACCAUUCAUUUCCUGUGAAUUCUGACACAUAGCCUGUCCUUGCUGCUGAAAUGUAGUCCCUGCCUCCGCAAACUCCUCACCGGCGUGACAGGUCUACGUGUAUUUAACAGGUGAUCAUAGAAUCUGUAUGUCAAAGGUUCAAUACCUACAAGGCCAAGGUGUCCACUUGUUGAACUUCCAGAUGUCAGAAAAGACCUGAUGGCUUCUGUGAUCCUUUGAUUCCCUCGAGGGAAGUUUGUCUCUGCCGUCCAUGGGGAGGUCAGAGUUUGAGGUCAUUUUUGUAGGUUGGUAGCUCAGGGUUGUGGGGAAAUCAAAGUUUUACAUUUCACAUCUUGUUGGAAACAAUAAUGAAUUGUUGACAGUCUUUCAAUUUAACACCUCUUAAGUCUUCUGAAGUUUUGAUCAUUAUUUGACAUGGUGCUCAAGUGUUUGUAGAUGAGAACAAUGCAAUUUAAUCAAGUUCAACAAUCUUAGACAACCAAAUGUGAAAAAGGUUUGGUGACUGAAUGCUUUUUUUUUAAGGUACUGAUACUCUAUAUUGAUAUUGGCUAUGCCUGAAUUUAAACUUUUUUUUUUUUUCAUAUAUUGAGCACACAAUGUGACAUUUUAUUUAGCCCUGAUUUCAUUUCAAACGGCACCAGUGUUUUUUAUGCAAUUUUUAUUUAUAUUAGAGAUGUCUAAUGAAAUUACAUUUUAAAUGUUUAAAUUUGCAUAGUUCUUAUUAUAUAUAAGGAGACUCCAACAUUUUUCUUUUCACUAAAAUGUUAAACAGUGAAUAUAUUGGAUUAUUUAUUUGAGCCAGAUUUUUUUUUCUUCAUUUGCCCUUUCGAGAAAUAAAACAUUUAUAGAAAUGAAAAUAUUUACAACAGUUGAUACACAUUGAUGCCUCUUAUGCCUAUUUAAAGUUGUGGGCAUUUUAUUUAACUUAUUUUCUUCUUUCUCUUAACCUUUUUAGUUUGAUUUCUUUUCUUAGGAAAUUAAUUAAUUAAGGGGAUUCAAUAUGAUUUUCCCAGUUUGAAGGUUGAACAGAAUGUAAUUGCAGAAUCUAUGACUUUUUUUUUUAUUUGGACAAACUUUAAAAAAAGAACCACCUGGGAAUUUUGCAUGUUUCAAUCCAAACUGCCUGUGUGUAAAUCUUCCCAUAAAAAUGUGUAGGAAAUCCACAGCUCUUCUUAUGUGUCAUUAUCCCCCAUGUGUGUAAUGUUUGUCAUAUUUGAUGUAAAUGAUGGCACUUUUCAAUCAAUUUGAGUUCUUCGUAGCUAGUCACACAUGCUAGUAUGGGAUCAAGUAUCUGAAAUGUGUCUGUAUUUCGUUUGUGGGAUAUUUUGCACAUCAUUUAGAAGGCUAACACAUUUUUCCCACCCAUAUUUACUUGUGUUUGCAAGGGGAAUAUACUUUGCUGUAGCAGAUUUUAUGUAACAAAAGAUAUGUCACUAUAAUAAAUUCUUUUUAUUAAAAAAA